CUUGCUUUGUGGUGUUCCAGACCAUCUCCGAAUGAGUCAACUGUCUCGCGUAUUUCGCCGCAUUCACCUACUGGACACUUGAAGAAAGGCAGCUUUACACCUGGAUUGCAGUUUCUUCCAUGCCUUUGCCCUUCCCGACCUUGGCGCCCACUCUCGAGUGGGCUGCAAGCUCGCCAACAUCCUUUCUACUCGACUGUUUCCCAGCACUUCCGCCGCUUCCUUGACAUCCCCAAGCCCUCGACGCCAAACAAUGCCUCCUGCCUCCUCAGUUCGCGCACGUAUUGAGCAGAUUGACCGGAGAAACGUCAUCUCCGCGGGGAGUACCGGGCUGAUAGAACACCUCCCGUGUGGGAACGUGAGGAAAUGCGUCUACUCAGACCGGGACUACGAGGUCUGCCUUCGAGACCUUGAGCGCGAGUUUCGAGUCUACCAGAAACUGCCGCAACACGACCGGCUAUUGCAGCUCAUCAGAUACUCUCCCGAAGAAGGCCUCGUCCUCCAGUACAUGCCUAGAGGUAACCUACGAGACCAUCUUCCCAAGGCUGCCUCCGCCGCCACUGCCAUCACGCUUCACGAGCGGCUGCAGUGGGCUUGUGAUGCUGCCGAAAGUCUGCAUCUCCUCCAUUCCCACGGAAUUAUCCACAGCGACCUCAAGCCCGAAAACUUCCUGCUGGAUUCCAACUCGAGACUCAAGAUCAUCGACUUCUCGGGCUCUUCUUUCGACGGAAUUGUAGGAUCUGCAAUUGAGAGCACCAGGUUCUUCCUCCCACGACCGUUAAAGGAGCCGCCAACUGUCAGGACCGAUCUUUUUGCCCUCGGCUCUACCAUUUCCGAGAUCAUGACGAGUAGACCGCCAUACGACGACCUCUCGGAUGAUGAAGUGGAGGCUCGCUAUUCCCAGCAAAUCUUCCCGAGCGUACAGGAGCUCCCGUGCGGGCAGCUGAUCAUGGAUUGCUGGCGCUGUGAGGUGCAAACGGCAGAGGAAGCCAUGAAGCGGCUCAAGGCAGAGUUGGAAAGUGCCCUGGCAGCAUCGGAUCCCGCGAGUUCAUGCCGCUCUUCUCCUCCGACCACGCGCCCUUAACUUGCUGCGUUUGUCCCAUGUCGCGACAUCUCUUACAAAGGAUGCGUUCCCAACGAGUCGCCCAGCGACCAAGGCUACCUUAAGAUGCAACAACGAGAAGGUCGAGUUUUGCUCCAGACGCCCACACCUCACGUCUCUCAGCUGUGGGAGCGGCGCGCACCCCUGCAUCCCUGCUAUCUCUGCUCACGCUAGAACGGCUUGCAAAGCCUUAUACACUAUUACGGGGAUUCCUGGCUGCUGGAAUGUAAACCUGACCUCACACUGCAGAUCCAUCACACGCAAUGGAUGGAUGUGUCGAGUUUGAUACCGGCCUAACUGAGAACACCAACUAGUGCUGGAAACGCUAAACCCUGAUGUGCUCGAGCCCUACGUCUCGACGGUCUAGUUGAAUUAGGAAGUUACUUGUGUACUCCAAGGGCCGGCUGGUUUGUUUUGGCACCGCAGCAAUUUGAAAACUUCAGGUAGG